GAUAUAGAAAGCCUUUAUGCGAUGGUUGUUUAUCAUUCAAAUCAAAAUAUUAUAUGAUAACGAUGAAAAAACAAAAAAUUCUGUUGACACAAAAUGCUCUUAUCUAUUAUUAGAAUUCUGUGACGAAAAAUGGUCUUUAUCUAUUAUUAGUUUGUUUAUACAAUUAUGGACGGACAUCAAUUCAUAUUUAAUAAUGUGGUGGGAUUGAUGUUCUGAGGGAGAAUCUCUUGUUCUUCUCAGCCGCCAGAGUUGCUGUUUACUCUGCAACUAAGUUCUGAAAUAUUGAAGUAAUGAGCUCGAUAGACACAGCUAGAGCAGAACUUGCUCUCCUUGUUUUGUAUUUAAAUAAAGCAGAAGCUAGAGAUAAAAUAUGUAGAGCUAUUCAAUAUGGUUCAAAGUUCCUUAGCAAUGGUGAACCCGGUACAGCACAAAAUGUUGACAAGUCAACAAGCUUAGCACGGAAAGUUUUUCGCCUUUUCAAGUUUGUGAAUGACUUGCAUGCGCUUAUUUCUCCAUCACAAAAGGCAACCCCUCUUCCUCUUGUGUUGCUUGGGAAGUCUAAAAAUGCUCUGCUGUCAACCUUUCUGGCAUUAGAUCAAAUUGUCUGGGCAGGAAGAACAGGCAUCUACAAGAAUAAGGAGCAUACUGAGCUUAUUUCCAGAAUUUCACUUUUCUGCUGGUUGGGUUCUUCUGUUUGCACUACUUUAAUAGAGCUCUCAGAGAUUGGGCGGUUGACUCUAUCAAUAAAAAAGUUAGAGAAAGAGCUCAAGCAAGCCACGUCAGGAAAUAAGUUGCAGUCGUCUGCUUUUGAUUAUGGAAAUUUAAAUGAGCAAUACCUUUCCAAACUCAAGCAAUCAAAUGAUCGGCUGUUGAACUUGAUUAAAUCAUCAAUGGAUAUUGUGGUUGCUGUAGGGCUGCUUCAGUUGGCUCCCAAGAAAGUUAAUCCACGUAUAACAGGAGCCUUUGGCUUUAUAACCUCUCUCAUCUCCUGCUAUCAGUUGCUGCCUGCCCCAUCAAAGGCAAAGGUCCAGUAAUGAAAUCAGUGUUAGUGCAAGAGUCAAUUCCUCUCUCCGUAAAAUCAGUGUCCAGUAAUGAAAUCAGUGUUAGUGCAAGAGUCAAUUCCUCUCCGUAAAAUCAAUGCCGACAUUGUUCUUUAAAAUUAGACAUAAAUUAUGACAACAAUCUACAAUAAUUCCUGACAACAGGCAUAAACUUAUAUAUUCUAUAUGAUUGUAAAUUAUGAGUGGUUUGAGUCAAGACUAUGAUAAGCCCACAUUAUUUUCUUCCUGUAUAUUAAAAGCAUAUAGAUUCUUGGUCUUUUUCUUUA